UCCCUCCCAGAAACAACACGAUGGCCAGCGACUCUGGCAGCGAUUAUGAGGUGGAGGCUUUCAUCCAAGCCAAGCGGGUGCGGCGCACGGUCAACGACGACAGUGCGGAUCUGUUGGGAAACUUCGAUGACCAAAAGCGGAAGGAGAUCUUUGAGGGCACGUAUGUCGACAAGGAGGACGGACGGAAUCCCAGUGACCCGGAGGAUAGUAACAGCGAGGAUGAGGCCAGGUCCGAAGACGAGGCAGCCGCGGAGGGCAGUGCUGCCUCCGGUGCUGAGGAAGAGGAAUCCGUGGAAAAUGGACUAAUAACCAGUGACCAGCUGACUUCACUGCUUCGCGGCGCAUCCAAAACCAACAGACACGUCCUGUACGUGACGAACCUGAACUUCGAAACCACAAAGGACGACCUGGAGCUGCACUUCAGCGCAGCAGGCACGGUCAAGUCCAUCCGCAUCCCCAAGAAGCGGCGAGGUGGCUUCGCCUUUGUGGAAAUGGCCGACCUGAGCAGUUUCCAGAACGCCUUCCGACUGCACAACACAGAGCUGCAGGGCCGCAGCAUCAAGGUGCAGAUCUCCGAGGCGGGCAAGAAGAAGUCUGCCAACAAGAAGAACAUCAUCAAGCAGAAGAACCGGAAGCUGGCCGAGAUGCGCAACGAGCAGAAGACCUUCACGAAAAGCGGCAAGUUCUACGACAAGGACCUGAAAAAGGAGAAGGCCAAGGAAAUGCUGGCGCGAAAGCGGUGGCGCAAGAAGCCCGCACCCAGACCCACAUAAAUAGCAUAAGUUCUUACAAUGUAAGCCAAUCUAUGAUUAUUUAACAAAAAUUAAAAGUUAACAUUACCGGAUAA